AUCUGAUCACACAUCUUGAACACUUUAACAGUAUGGCUGAGACAAAGGGAUCUGCUCUUCAGAGUCGGAUGAAAAUGACGCAGCAAUCGGGCAUCUUUGUGUAGACUUUACGCUGUAAGCUCCUGAGUGGAUUUCGCGAUUUAUUACACCGCAGCGCCUGUCGGAGAGCAUCUUCAGAGAAGCGAUGCGGGGAAUGUAGUGGCCUGGCCGCAGGAUUACCGGUCUGUAAUCGGAGCGGAUUUACCGGAGCCACGCUGCGCAUUAACCCGCUCGCUGAUUUGUCGCACUUCCGAAGUGCUGGUGAGGUCUUUGGAGUAGCACAACGUUGAAGUGCUCCACUUGCGCAAUUUGGUCCACUGGACAUUUCUCCUUGAUCGCAAUCCAAGACCUUCUGCAAAAGCGCAGCGCUUCACAUGGGAGAAAGAAGGGUUCGGGGGGGUUUUGGUUGGUCCCGUGCUGGGUGUCAAGAUGAGAGCAGUUCAGAAGGUGAGAGGGAGAAGCGAUGGGCUCAGCUCUUCCACCAGCUCGAUGUGAAUCAAGACGGGAGGAUAGACGUGAACGAACUUCGGAGCGGACUCGCGGCGUGGGGGGUCGUCCGUACCGACGUGGACGAGCUAGUGCGUGUGAGUGAUACCAAUCAUGACGGACAGCUGGACUUUGAGGAAUUCACCCAGUAUUUGCGCACCCAUGAGAAAGAGUUGAGACUCAUGUUUCACAGUCUGGACAACAACAAUGAUGGUCGCAUAGAUGUAGGAGAAAUCCAGCAGUCGUUGCAAAGUCUUGGUGUUAAAGUGUCGCUUGAGCAGGCCUCUAGAAUACUGCAAAGUAUGGACAGAGACGGCACAAUGACCAUUAACUGGAAUGAAUGGCGAGAUCAUUUUCUGUUCAAUCCAUUCCACAAUAUGGAGGAAAUCGCCUACUUUUGGAAGCACUCUUUGGUGUUGGAUAUUGGAGAACACCUGACAGUGCCAGAUGAAUUUUCUGAACGAGAGAGGAGGGCAGGCUUGGUCUGGAGGCAGCUAGUUGCAGGCGCUAUUGCAGGAGCUGUAUCCAGAACCGGAACGGCUCCACUAGACAGACUUAAAGUUUUUCUACAGGUCCAUGGGUCAGCGGGAGUUAGCCUGUGGCAUGGACUGCAGCGAAUGGUGCAGGAGGGGGGUAUCAUGUCUUUAUGGAGGGGCAAUGGCAUAAAUGUUGUCAAAAUUGCUCCUGAGUCUGCAGUCAAGUUCAUGGCAUACGAACAAAUAAAGUGGCUAAUUCGGGGCACCAAAGAAGGGGGCACACUGAAGGUUCAGGAGCGGUUUGUUGCCGGCUCAUUGGCUGGAGCAACAGCUCAGACUAUCAUCUACCCUAUGGAGGUGUUGAAGACACGUCUUACGCUACGGAAGACAGGGCAGUAUGCUGGGAUGGUAGACUGCGCCAAGCAGAUUCUGCAUAAAGAAGGGGUGCGGGCUUUCUAUAGAGGUUAUGUACCUAACACAAUUGGCAUCAUUCCUUAUGCUGGAAUUGAUCUGGCUGUUUAUGAGACUCUGAAAAAUGCCUGGCUGCAGCGAUACUGUAUGGGUUCAGCCGAUCCUGGUGUUUUAGUGUUGCUUGGCUGUGGCACUGUGUCAAGCACCUGUGGCCAACUAGCCAGUUACCCACUGGCUCUAAUUCGUACUCGCAUGCAGGCUCAGGCUUCCACAGAGGGUGCUCCAAAGCUGUCCAUGGUGGGCCAGUUCAAGCACAUAGUGUCCCAAGAGGGUGUCCCGGGGCUGUACCGUGGCAUUGCCCCCAACUUCCUGAAAGUCAUUCCAGCUGUUAGUAUCUCCUAUGUGGUCUAUGAGCACAUGAAGAAAGUCCUGGGAGUGGUUUCAUAAAAAACUGGUACUGCAGGAUGACAAAUAUAGAUUUGAAGCAGUGGGCAUGCCUUAAAGACUCAGAUAAAGAAGACAACUGAUUAAAUCAUAAGGAGAAGCCGGCAAAUAUCUAGAUGAUGAGACAUAAUAGCGAACAUAAAAAAACCUCAAAUAUCUAUAUUUUUAUGCAAU